GCCAAGAUGAAAAUGACCGACCGACCGACCGACCCGCUCCAUUCCAUUCCAUUCCAUCUCGUUCAUCACCAGAUGUCCUCCUCGAAACCCCAAACCUGCACACACACACACGCGACGGCCACACACCUUAGAAAGCACCUCAAUGCGCCAGACGAGCAAUCGUGUGGUACCUGGAAUGUCUUGACGAUGAAGUCCUCCGAUGACGCCAGCACGGGGUUGUCGAAGGUGGCGCACGGAGACGACGAUCCUGACCGAUGCACAGACAGACAGAUGGCACAUGUCCGAGCAUGGGCAUCGAUCGCAUCAUGGCAGUCAAUCUGUGCGUACUGGCUGACCUCUGAGGAACUCACUGUCCACAAUCAACGCGUAAUGACCCCUGCACACACACACACACACACACACACAUGCCAUCUGGUCUCUCUGCUCCUUCUCCUUCAUCGCUGUGGUAUGGAUGGCUGACUGACCCGCCGCCCACAGCGAUGAUUUUGUCGUCUGAGAAAAGGAAGAAGUCGUUGCGGCCCGUCCAGAAGAAGGCACGGAGAGGCGGCAGGUGGCGGCGACCAACAGACAUCUUGGUGGUGGCACGCCGCGCCUCCAACGCAUCGAUCUCCUGCUCCUCCCCCGCCGCCCCAGCCCCCUCUGCCGCCUCUCCCGGUGCGCUGGAUGGCGCAGACAUGGCCACCACUGCCGGCAUGGACAGGUGCUUGUGGAUGCUGCCGUGGUCGAGCUGGUGCUGCUGGUAGCUGUCCGUCGUGGGCGUCAGCUGCUGCUGCAGGUCGGCUGCAUGCUCCUCGCGGAAGGUGAAGACGAACGUCUCGCCUGUGUGUGGAGCGCACAGACACAGGUGAAAGGGCAUGUGAGCUAGCUGUGAGGUGGGGUGUGUGUGAGUGUGAAGGGGCUGCUCAGCUCACCCGUGCCGUAGUACUUGGACGCGUGGCGGAACGGCUCCGAACAGUACGCACCGAACACCUGAACCGGAUGAGCGACACAUCGACGAGUCCGUGUCUGUGUGUCGUCAGUGUGAUUGACCUACCGUUCCGCCCAUGUCCUCGAUGAGCAGCACACACGGCCCCUUGUCCUCCAAAUUGCGGUAAAACCUAUGCACAGACACAACAGCACCAUAGAUGCAUGUGUGUGAUGACUGUCGACAAGGGUGUGGAUGUGUGUGUGCGUACGUCUGCAGCGAUAUGCCUGAGAAUUUGAGGCCGUACAGAAGCGACCACCGACGGAAGGCCAGCCGUGGGGGCAGGUUGGCGGAGAUCUGAUGCACGAUAUAAGGCGUCAGCAGCGACGCCGCAUUCUCUGAACAAAUGCGCAAACACGAGACAACGACCCCCAAUCAAGACCCGGCUGCUUGUCUGGCUGCGUCAUAUAUAUACCUGGUACAUCGAAUCUGGUCAGUGCGGACAUCUCUGACCUCACACUCGACCGGCGGCUGCCCUGGGCCUCCAGCGGCAGGUCGCUGUAGUCCACCACACCCUUGCCCUUCUUGACCACCGAAUGGUGGCCCGUGUCGACAUCAUGCGACUGCGCCCUCACCGGCGCCCCCUGUGCGGAGGGGGCCUCGUGCCGCUGCUGCUGCUGCUGGCCCUCUUCCCGCUCCCGCUCUUGCUGUUCUUCGAGAUCUCCGUCGCUCACUGCUCGGCUGAUGGCCCUGCAACAAGCAAAGGGCGGGCGGCAGCUGCAGCUUAGGCGAGAGGCCCCUUGUUUGGCGUGAUGGUGAGUAGAUGGGGGUGGAUGUUUGACAUUAUGGUGGGUGGGAGUGGGGGUGGGAGUGGCCCUGCCCUGCUUCACUUGAGACCUUUUUUGGUUCUCCUCCUCCUCCAGGCAGAUCUCGUCCGACUCCACCGGGGGCAGCAGGUGGGCCAAGGGCAGGGGGCCGGAAAGGGACUGCCGGGUGGCUACAGGCAGACAGAGAGACGACGCACCAACAGUGAAUGAAUGGAUGAAUGGAUCAUGCGAGCAUGACACACACGGACCGUGGGGGCCGCCUGGGGUACCUACCUAGCGAUGCGAAGGGUAUAGAGGUGAGAGUGAAGGUCUCAAGCGAUGAGUCCUUCCCCUCCAGCGACUUCUGCGAAGAAAGAUGCAACAAAACGCAGCCACACACAUUAAUACAUUAUUACGUGCCCGGGAACCCCCCUCUGUCUGUGAGUGCGUAUUUGCUGACUGACUUGGCAGAGGUCGAUGUAGUCGACCAGCCGCUGGGUGAGGGCGUGCAGCUUGUCCUUGUCCGGCAGCUGACACACACACAACCAACCACCGUCCUCACAAUAGGCGUGUGCAUGAUAUCCUCUCCUCUCCCCUUCUCCUUCCCCUCUCACCCGAAACACAACAUGGUGCGGCCCCCCCGGCCGCGGCGAUGUGGUGGUCGAUUUGUCUGGCGUCUUGGACCCCAUCGACAGGGGCGACAGGAACGACCCCGUCGUGUGACUCAGCCGCACCUUGAAGCUACCACCCAGUAUCCGCCCCACGCCACUCAGCCCCAGCCCCCCCAACCCACCCUCUUGCGCCGGCUCCUCCACACCCGACACAGCCACCGAUGUGCGCGCAGACGGUUGCUCUGGUGCGCCACGCGUCUCGACCCCGUCCUUGAAGCUGACGCCUUUGGCGGAUUUCGCCAGGUCUGUGUGUGGUGAGAGGGAGUCGGUGGGCUGCUCGACGGAGGGUGUGAGGUCGAUGGGCGGUGGUGGGAGGGGAGGGUGUGGGGACCUGUCACGGUCCCCCAUGGCAGAGGUGCGGGAACGGCUGGGGACGGGGGACACAGACGCCCGCUCGCCACGCUGCCGGCGACUCGAGCUGCGACUCCGGCUGCGAGCACUGAGACAUAGAGAGAGAGGAAUAAGGAAAGAGGCAGUUGAGAACCUGAGCCAUGUGUGUGGGGGUAGGUAGACAUUCUGCUGACUGACCUGCCGUCGAGUGUGCGCACGACAACGUGUAGGUAGUAGACCCGCUCAGUGGAUGGAGCCAAACCUGCAGCGACCACCAGAUGGACACACGGCCAGCCAGAAGAUUCUCCUGCGGCUCAGGUGUGUAAGUGAGGCUGUGGUGCAGCGCUGACUGACCUUCCACUGCUCGUGCUUCCGACCUCGGGACACUGACGGCCCCGCACUCCAGUAUGUCCCUCAUGUCAAUGUACACCUGAAAGGUACCGAUCCCGCGACUGGCAACGUGACCCGAGCGGGGAUCUGACACGACACACAACAUAACCACACACAUGCAUGUGCUUACCGCAUGGCUAUGACCAUGAGCCGGCCGAUGUGGCUGGCUGCUGUUGUUGGCUCACUCGCUCACCGGGUUCGAAAGUGACAGCAACUUUUGACACGGUGAGUAUGCCAGGCACCUCUAGAUCAGGGGUGCAGUACAGCGCGCUCUCUGAGGUCACACACGCAUGGAACACACACAGAGAUACACCGAAUGCAGCACCGUGGCUGGUUCCCUCACCCUUGGCUGCUUCCAUGGUCGGCGAUUGUGAUGGCGUGACGCCCAUGACCUCCAUGCUGCUGCUGCUGGCGGGUUGGUGCGCCAGCUUGCCGAAGGGGCCCGCCUUGGGACUCCGGCGGGGAUACGCACCCGGCUGGAUGCUGUUCCGCACAUUCCCGCGCUGACCACACAAGGCACACAAGGCACAUGAACACACACAACGAGCUGACUGAAUGUCUGGCUGCUCUCUCUCCCCUCCCCCCUGAUAUGGCUUUCAUUGGCUCACGAAGUAACCGUCGGCCGGUCUGUGUGCGAAGUGCGUGUGUCUUGCCCUCCGUGAGGGGUCUGCGGGGGCCGUCCCGGGGCUCGAGGGAGGGCCUGGCCCGCCGGGUGACAACACCAUCUGCUCCUGACACACACACACACCAGGCAAGCCGAGAGUGAUGCCUCGAGGACGGCACAGUACACGUGUUGGUUGUCCUGUGUGUGUGUGUGUAUGGUAUCACUCACCUGCGAAGGCGCCUCCAUUUCCGGGGCCGAUUCAGUGCGGAUGGUCUCAUCUGCCCCCUCUUCUCGCGGACGAUGCACCACACGGCCGCCGCCCGGCUCAGUCCUGCACACACACACACACACACCGCUUUGCUCGGCGCUGCAGUCAUCUCAACUCCUCCUCAAGGAGAUUGCGCGGACCUUGUUUCCCGCAUUUCCAUGGGUUGGCCGCUAACCGUCUGCUGCUCGUGCUGAGCCGCGUCCCGCACACGAAUGUUCAUCGCAUCGGCUGCACACAACACACAAAGCACAGAGCGCAUCAAAAGUCGUGGUUUCCGCGCUGGAUGAGCAUGGUUUUCGGUCCAUGCGGUGUGCUGACCAACUUCCGUCGCGAACCGCAGCCAGCUGCUGCUCUGAAACAUCCCUACUCACUCACUCAGGCCGGCCUGCACGCCCGCCGUGCUGUCGCGAUCUUGAGACGCCUCUCAAGCCGCCGCUCUUGUCCCAAUCGCUUGCUCGUUGACGCCUACAACCUCCCAUUCAUAACGAGCUCUCUCUCAACAGCGAUCCAUCUCUGCGAGCUUGGCUUUAGGCCGCCUCCUCUUUUCCUUCUCUCUCCCUCCUGAAUGAAAUGGAUGACAGAGCCGUCUGCGUGCGGGGAGCGGUAUGGUGCUGAGUGAGUUGAGGGCUGGUGUUUUUGACUGACUCAUGCCGUCGCAGGCGCUCCC